AUGUCGUUGAAUUUCCAGUCGAAAGCUUAUCAUUAUUGCACCUCCCACGUCUGUCUGCCUCUUAAACGCUUUUUACGCUUAUUUGGCGAAGGCGAUUCAAAGAUGGAUUACCAGAACCGAGCAGGCUCCAAAUUCGGUGGCGGUGGUGUCGCAUCCCACUCCGCAACAAACGCAGACCGUCGCGAGCGUCUCCGCAAACUCGCUCUCGAGACGAUCGACCUAGACAAGGACCCGUACUUCUUCAAGAACCACGUCGGAAGCUUCGAGUGCCGUCUCUGCCUGACGGUCCACCAGAACGAUGGCUCCUACCUCGCCCACACCCAGGGCCGCAAGCACCAGACGAACCUGGCGCGACGUGCGGCGCGCGAGCAGCGCGAGGGCAAGAACCAGGAUCCCUCGAUGCUGCCCGGCGCGAUGGGUGUGCAGGUCAAGAAGCAGACGAUCAAGAUCGGGCGGCCCGGCUACAAGAUCACGAAGAUCCGAGACCCGUUGACGAGGCAGCUGGGUCUGCUUUUCCAGCUCCAGUACCAGGAGAUCACGCCGGGUGUCACCCCGCGCGUGCGUUUCAUGUCCGCUUUUGAGCAGAAGGUCGAGGAGCCGCCAGACAAGAACUUCCAGUACCUCGUUGUUGCGGCGGAGCCGUAUCAGACCUGUGGGUUCAAGCUCCAGGCAAGGGAGAUUGAUCGGAGGGACGGUCGCUACUGGACUUGGUUUGAUGAGGAUAGUAAGGAGUUUUGGAUUCAAAUCAUGUUUAAGACUGAGCGCGAGGAGCGUUUCAGUGGUGUUCCGGGUCUGGCACCGUUGGAACCCAGAAUCUAA